CGGCCGGCGACUCAGUUCACCGCCGCGACGCGACAACACCGCACGUGCGUAUGACAAAACGCGGCGAAUAAAACGAUCGACUAAUAUUCCAGUGACAGAGAGGGAAACCUCUCUUUUAACCGACAAAAUUGCUUCACAAGUGGAAAUGCCGAGCAGCCUUUUCGGCGACAUCGGGGGAGGCGGCGGCCUCGUGGAAGACCAGCGGGCGCUGCAACUGGCUCUGGAGUUGAGCAUGCUGAAUUUCGGAGAGAGUCUUCCGUCGUCGAACCCGCUGGCGAGUCCCCUGGGCUUCGCGCCGCCGCCUGACGAUCGUGCCAAGAAAUCACAAAACAUGACAGAGUGCGUGCCGGUGCCGUCUUCGGAACACGUCGCGGAGAUCGUCGGCCGACAAGGCUGCAAGAUCAAGGCUCUCCGGGCGAAGACCAACACAUACAUCAAGACGCCGGUGCGCGGCGAGGAGCCGGUGUUCGUGGUGACGGGCCGCAAGGAGGACGUGGCGCGCGCCAAGCGCGAGAUCCUGUCCGCCGCGGAGCACUUCUCCCAGAUCCGCGCGUCGCGCAAGUGCGGCGCCGCGCCGCCGCCGCCCGCCGGCGCGCCCGGGCACGUCACGGCGCAGGUGCGCGUGCCCUACCGCGUCGUGGGGCUCGUCGUCGGGCCCAAGGGCGCCACCAUCAAGCGCAUCCAGCACACCACGCACACGUACAUCGUGACGCCGUCGCGCGAGCGCGAGCCCGUGUUCGAGGUGACGGGGCUGCCGGAGAGCGUGGAGGCGGCGCGCAAGGAGAUCGAGGCGCACAUCGCGCUGCGCACGGGCGCGGCGGGCGGCGCGGCGGCGGGCGCGGCCGACGGCGAGCCGCUGGCGCAGCUGUACCGCGCCGGCAUCGCGUCGCUGCUGCGGCCCGAGCCCGAGGCCGCGUUCUCGUCGGCGGGCUCGUGCUCGUCGGGCGGCUCGUCGGCGCGCCUGGGCGACCUGCUGGGCAUCUGGUCGUCGACGGAGCGCGACGAGGGGCUGGGCGAGUCGCCGUCCUUCGAGUCGCCGGGCGGCGGCACGGCCGGCGUGUGGGGCUGGGGCCCGACGCGGCCGUCGCCCGCGGCGUCGCCGGCGCGCGCGUGCGCGGUGUGCGGCGAGCGCGGCGUGGCGGCGGCGCUGGUGCCGUGCGGCCACAACCUGUUCUGCCUGGAGUGCGCGCAGCGGCUGGCGGCGGGCGGCGCGCCGUGCCCCGCGUGCUCGGCGCCGGCGCACCAGGCCAUCCGCAUCAUCUCGUAAGCGGCCCCGCGUGACCGCCUCGAGCCGUGCGCUCUCCUAGUAGGGAUCGGUCUUUUUUACUCGAAUCGUUAUAAAAAUAUUAAAAGAAUAAAAAUCGCGUAAUCGAAAUCCUGGUGCCAAAAGUCGGCGCCUCGCCGGCACGGCCCGUCCGCCGCGCCGAACCUAUCGUAAGUCGGCAGAGUUGUUCACGAUAUAUUUUCUUAUUAUGAACGUUUUUUAUUAGGUCGUCGAGCCGCCGCGCUCGCCGCCGCAGAGAGAGUCGAAGUACGUUACGAUAGAAUUUCGAAAAAAACAUAAAAUUUAAAAAAAGUUGUAUAAUUAUUAUUAUUGAUAGCGUAAAUGAGAAAUCGAAAAUUUAUAAAGCUUACCUAAUGUAAUAGCGUAAAGUAUUAAGAUAUUAUAAUAAUAUAAUAGGCGAGGGACGGGCGGCGCGGGGAGCGGGACGCGCGGCUGUUGUCAGUUCAGAGUCUAGGUAGGGUAGGAGUAGCUAAUGUAGGUAAUGCGCCGCGCGCGGCAGGUCGGUCCCGCGCGGCAGGUCGGUCCCGCGCGGCAGGUCGGUCCCGCGUGGCAGGUCGGUCCCGCCCGCCCCGCUCCCCCGCGCGCCAUGCUCACAUUAUUUUGACUAUACGAUUAUUCGCUUAAUGAUAUUAAUACGUACGUACACACUAUGAUUAAAAUAAUAUUAAUAUAAUGUUUGUUUUAAGUGUGUUUUAAUGUUUAGAUUUUUAUUGUAAUGUUUUUAUGGAUGAUUUUUAUCUGUAUGAUUAUUAUUAUUGAUUAUUAUUUUAUGUGUUGACGAUGUUUUUUUGUGAUUAUGUGCGCCCGUCGGGCCGAGGCUGCUGUAUGUUCGUUUACUGGUUAUGAUAUCGAAUAAUAAUAAAUUUAAAUAAUAAAUAACUGAUUAAAUGAUAAAGAAUCAUAUGAACAUUCAUUAUUAUAACUAUAGUAGUCUGUAGCACGACUUGACUAACCAUUACCUAUUGAUAUACUUAUUAAGUAUUAUUAUUAUUAUUAUAUUGAAUAAAUUUAAAGAAUGCAUAAUUAUAUUUCAUAGGAAUCAUUAUUCUGUAUAACUCUAGUUAAAUAUAACGAUAAUAAAUAUUAUUGUAUAUGUAUAGGGACGACGUUGUUAUGUUCAUUUAACGGGGGGCUGGUUUUAUGAAUUGAUAUUUUUUUAUUUUUUUACCGUUAUUAGUUUUUGACUUACUCAUGUAAAGAUAUUGCGUGAAUAAAAUAACUGCCUAUUAGAUUAUAUUUUAAAAAAUAAUGGUUACGUAAAAUCAGCCCCCGUCGUUCGUAGUUCCAGUGAUUUCGAUGAUUUUAUUUUCAUAAUAAAAUGGGUAGACGCUUUAGGUUCAAAUAACGUUGUGAAAAUUUGUGAAAUUUUGUAGACUACAUAUCUUAUUAUAAAUCUAAUAUAAACUAUAACUUUGGA